AUGACCGUGGUAGAUACAAUAACAACCCCGCCGAUACCCUCCUCUCCUGCUCCUACAGAUAUCAUGGAGAUGUCUCCGCUGCCGCACAAGGCCCCCUUCGGCAUGGCCCUGGAUCUAGAGUCUCCCACGAUGGAGUUGUCUAUGGCAAAGUCCCAGCAGUCCCUGUUUCUGUCUGAUACUUUGCAACAGUCGCCUAUUGAGCCUAGCCGGUCAUCCACGCCGUCAGAACGCCGAAAAGCUCCAAUGCUGAGACCGUCCCUUAUGCGUACCAAGGCCUACAGCGCCUCAAGGACGCCCCUUGCACAGCCACCGCAAUUCAAGUUCCUCGCUGGCGGCAGCAAGCUCUCCACCUCGACCCCAAUCUCGCUGGCAGAGAUUUUCGAAGAUGACCCAGACAGCCCCUCCACGGCUCGGAGCAGUACCAAUGGUCCUCCGGGCCCGCCACGGUCACGAUCGUCCAGAGCACUAGCACAGGUACCAGAGAAUGGCUCUCCAAGCUACGGUGCCAUGAGAAGAGGGUCCAACCCCUUUUCUCGCCCGCGGAAACUCAGCAGACGCUCGCUUAGCAUGUUUGAGCACCCAGAAGAUGUACUCAAGGAUGACAAGGAGGACACCACCAUGCACGCCAGCACCGCUCUCCAGUCUAUCACAGACAUGGAGUCUUCUGCUCCAACUCUGACUCUGCCGCACUUCAUCCCUGACGACCAGCCAGACUGUCUGCCUAGGAUUGAAAAUAGCGUGCUCGUUGACAUCAUCGAUGGGAAAUACAGCGAUCAGUUUGACAAUAUCACCAUAAUAGAUUGUCGGUUCGAAUACGAAUAUGAAGGCGGCCAUAUCAACGGCGCAGUCAACUACAACGACAAGGAGCAGCUUGCAGAAAAACUCUUUACCGAGGGAGAGAUGAAGCAAAAGACCGCUCUCAUCUUUCACUGCGAGUACUCCGCCCACCGUGCUCCAAUCAUGGCCAAAUUCAUUCGUCACCGAGAUCGAGCCGUCAAUAUCGACCAGUACCCUAAACUGACCUUCCCAGAGAUGUAUAUCCUCCACGGUGGAUACAGCGGUUUCUUUGCCGAGCAUAGCUCCCUCUGCUACCCUCAAAACUACGUCGAAAUGGCUGCCAAGGAGCACGAAUUCGCAUGCGAGCGUGGUCUGGGUAAAGUAAAGCAACGGUCAAAGCUCUCCCGAGCUCAGACGUUUGCUUUUGGUCAACAGAACUCGCCAAUGGAAGAUAGUCCGACUGGUCGAUGUCGUGGAGCAUCCGAUCGCAACAUGAACAAUACUUUCGAAAGUCCCCUGGGACGGGGCUUUUCUCCAGGCCGUCUGGCUGAACGACGCAUGUUCUCAUACUAG